GGCCCGGGCUGGAGGCGGAGGCGGCGGUGCGGGUGUGAUGGAGAAGGCGGGCUCUACAGGGAAGUGCGUCAGAGGAGGCGCGGGGAGAGUAGGGUGCUGUGGUCUGAGCUGGAGGGUGAAGCCGGCCGAGCAAGAGGAUGGGCGAGCAGUCUGAAUGCCAGAAUGGAUAACCGUUUUGCUACAGCAUUUGUAAUUGCUUGUGUGCUUAGCCUAAUUUCCACCAUCUACAUGGCUGCCUCAAUUGGCACAGACUUCUGGUAUGAAUAUCGAAGUCCAGUUCAAGAAAAUGCCAGCGAUUUAAACAAAAGCAUGUGGGAAGACUUCAUUAGUGAAGAGGCAGAUGAAAAGACUUACAAUGAUGCACUUUUCCGAUAUAAUGGGACAGUAGGAUUGUGGAGACGGUGUAUCACCAUACCCAAAAACACACAUUGGUAUAGCCCACCAGAAAGGACAGAGUCAUUUGAUGUGGUCACAAAAUGCAUGAGUUUCACACUAAAUGAGCAGUUCAUGGAGAAAUUUGUUGAUCCCGGAAACCACAAUAGUGGAAUUGAUCUACUUCGGACCUAUCUUUGGCGUUGCCAGUUCCUUUUACCUUUUGUUAGUCUAGGUUUGAUGUGCUUUGGGGCUUUGAUUGGACUUUGUGCUUGUAUCUGCCGAAGCUUGUAUCCCACCAUUGCCACGGGCGUUCUCCAUCUCCUUGCAGGUCUGUGUACACUGGGUUCAGUAAGUUGUUAUGUUGCUGGAAUUGAACUACUCCACCAGAAACUAGAGCUGCCUGAGAAUGUGUCCGGUGAAUUUGGAUGGUCCUUCUGCCUGGCUUGCGUCUCAGCUCCCCUGCAGUUCAUGGCUUCUGCGCUCUUCAUUUGGGCUGCUCACACCAACCGGAAAGAGUACACCUUAAUGAAGGCAUAUCGUGUGGCAUGAGCAGGAAGCUGCCUGCUUUACAAUUGCCAUUUUUAUGACUUUUUAAUAUUAAUAUUUUCACUUGCUUCCCUCCCGUUUGCUUUCAAUUUUUAAUUUUUUUUUUUGUGGAGAUACCAUUUUAUUUUGAAAAUCCAUUUUAUUUAUACACUCAUACCACUAAAUCCACACUUAAUACCACUAAAAUUGAUGUGGUUUACUCUGAGUGAUUAUAUCUUUCUAAUCUAGAUUCAGAGUCUAGAUAGAAAAGGAUAGAGAGUUGGCACAAAUUUUGAAAGAAAAUUGGCAGGAGGAAAUUGACCCAAAACAAGUUCCACUAGUGUCUGUUAAACUUUUCAGUAAAAGUAAAGUAACUGUAUCUGUUCAACUAGAAACUAUUUAGUUUCUUUUGGGAAACCUGUUAUCAUUGUCAAAACUCCAUGUUCACUUUGCUGUUGUAGGUAGCCAGUCAGCUAGCAGUAUUAAUGCUAUUUUCAAAGAUUUAACCUCUAUAAAUUGGGAUAUUAUCUAAGAUCCUUUUCCUUAAACAUUGGCACAUAGCUUCAGCUGAGGUGAAAUAUGGCAGCUCUUUAUAUCUACACUGUGUCUGUCUACAAGAAAAACAGUGAAAAGUAGUGUUUACUUGAAAUUUUAACGUUGUAACUGCAGGAAUUCCAGUUCAACCAGACAAGAGGGUUAAUCUUAUUUUAUUUUCCUUUUUUUUUUUUUUAAACUCAAUAGGAUUUUCAGUACCACCAAAUCAUUUUGGGUUUGCUCUCUUUCCCUCUUUACACACCAGGCUUAUUAAAAUAGUGCUUUCUUUUUAAUAUUACAUUAGGGUUACAGAGUAAAAUUCCCCAAUUGCUAUCUCUUUAUUCCACCUAAAUACUAUAAAGAAGGUUUCACCAUCAUAACCCUCCAGAGCUGGGAAAACCACCACAAGAUCUAAAGCUUUGGCUGUCCAUUAAUCUCCAACUAUGGUCUUUAUUUCUUGUGGUGAAAUGAUGUGCCUUUCCUUGCCUAAAUCCCUUGCAGGUGUGUAUCAACAACAUUAUUUAAUGUCUUCUAAUUCAGUCAUUUUUUUUAUAAAUAUGUCUUUAAACAUUGAGCUUUAAAAAAUCUUAUUUAUUUAUUCCAUUACUGUAGCAAUUGACAGAUUUUAAAAAAAUGUAACAGUAAUUUCUUACCAUAUCCUAAGUCUGUCUUUU